AUGGCGCAAAACUUGCCUUUUUCAGUGGCUAAUAUACUUCGUUCGGACUUCCCCCAUCCUUCGCGUAUUAGCAGAACACCCAGGGUUUUAUAUGUGCCACCUUGUUUUCAAGAAGCUGCAAAUGUUCCAUUUGUAGCCGGCUUGCGUUGCGAGCUUGAUCAACGUAUGAAGUGCGGACAAGCUGGAUGUUUUAGCUACAGCGGUGCUCCGCCAAUAUUUUCACGGCCAGAGAAAGAUACGAUGCAAAGUUCCACUCAAAGAAGGAAACGACAGGGAAAGACGAACUCCAGCGAAACUCAAAACGAAGGUAAUAUUACUUUUAAAACUCAUCCCUAGACUUUUUAUUUGAGUUCAUUACAUUGAGUUUUUACCUGGCCAGACGCGAAAUUAAUGAAUGCUGUUAGUUAAAAGUGUUGUUCUAAUAACACAUAGCACUUGACAUUUUGAAACCCAUACGCAAGGUGUUGAAAAUUUCAAAGAAAUGUUUUAGUUUUCAUUGAUUAACGCAAUUAGGCUUAUAGUUGUUUAAAAAAUGACGCCUUUUAAUAUAUAUUUGUAUGCAAGUUCGUCUUUUGUGCAAACUCAGCGAGAUUUAUGCUUGGCUGCCCUCAUAUGUGCAACAUGGUUUUGUCGCUAAAGUAAAAUUUUAGCAAUUUUGAAUUUCAGUUAGAUUAAUUUCUUAUAAACGAAUUGCUAAUUUUCAGUAGUCACCUCUUUAAAAAUUCCUCCAUUUGUCAUGGAGUUUUUUAUUUUGCGACUUCUGUUGGUCGCCAAAAGUGUAUCGAGUACAAAGUAAGUGUAAUUUGAAAAUCAUUAUUUAACAAAUUUGUUGAGAAAACUUCGUUAUAAAACCAAAAAGUGUGUGGAAAAAAUUAUCAUGGGAAUGCAAUGACUCAUUUUGAAUUUGCAGUGACACAUGAACUUCGUUAUGCUAAACUUCUAACUUUUAUCAAACUUUGCCAGUUAGAAUUUUUCCUCGCAUACCCAUGUAGUUGGUUAUUUCGCCAUUGCAAACGCCUUGAAACAUCAGAAACGAAUUCAACACAACUGGGAAAUUUUUUAUUUUUUAACUAUGGCAGAAAAAGCUAAAACUAGCAUUUGCCGUUAAUCUGCAACUUUCAUUUGUAUGACAUUUUUCAUGACUGACGACAAAUAAAACAGUUAAACUAUUUUAAAAGAGAUCAAUUUUGCGAAGAUAAAAAAAAAAAUGAUUUUGUUAACAGUAAAGUACGUAUGAUUCGCAAAACGUCGCCAAAAUUGGGCCGUUACUUAGUCAGAAUGGUUUUCACUUCCUCUUAGUCUAUCCCGCUUCACUGCAAAAAUGAUUGUCUUUCAAUUUUGUUCAUCAAAUCAGACAGGUACCUGUAAAAUUUUUGCUGACAUGAAAUGAAACGAAGAAGAAUAUAUAAUUUCCUGAAACUCUGAUUAUGAAACAAGGGUCAUAUUUAAGUUUCGCUCUUUUAAGAGUUGACAAUGCCCCAGUCAAAUAAAAUCCCGCCCUCAACCUAUCCCUUUGCAGAGAGGGGUAUUUAACGGGGGAGGGGGAGGGAGAAUUUAACCUGUAUCUGGUGUCAAAGAAAAGCUAUCUACUGGAAUAAGCACAAAUUUCUUUGGGAUAUCCCCGUCUGUAUUCUUUGAAUUCGUCUCGUUGCGCAACGGCCGUGCAUGUUCCGGGAUUUCCCGGGCUUUAUGAAAGAGGGGAAAGUCUUUCCUCUUCUUGGAAACGUCAUUCUAGCCUGGGGCCCGUAUCGCGAAAGUCUUCCUGCAUGGUAACUGUUCAGGCCUGAAAUCAUUCAAAUAUUCCCAAAUAUACGUAAAACUGAAGUGUAAAAGAGCGGGUCCUAGCUGACAAACUGGUGCAUUUUCAUUUUUGUUAACUCGGAAAGUUUUAUCGUAUCAUAUCUGCAAACUGUUAAGCUUCGGUUAACAGCAACAGCUAAUCGACCUGAUCGGGACCCCCGCGGCUUUCGUGAAACGGGGCCUGGAGCCGGAAAACAGCUGACGUUUCGCGUUUCCCUAUUGCUUGCAGUUGAAUUUAGCAGUUGGGUGUCCCAAAACUUUUGCUGUUUUCUCAAGCUACACAAUUUUAUCGCGGAUUGAACAGGAAUAAUGGAAUAAAAGAAACAUACAUAUUUCUUUUGAAAUAAUGACAUAAUUCCCUUGUUUUUAAGUUUGGGGGUAACACUGGAACAAUGUUGUCCUUUACAGACAGGUCCUUUACUUUACUGAGUCCAGAAGAUUUAAAUUUCGAAUGGAUCUCAUGCUCUCUUCAGCACCCAAUUCGAUUUCGGGAAUUUGACCAAUUUGGAAAAACAUUUUUUUUUUCUCUUUUAAAGAAAGUUUGUUUUCCAAAGCUGAGCCUUAUCUUGUGGUUAAUUUUGGCAGAAAAUUUUACUUUUCUUGGAAAAGCAAAUAAGCGCUAUUUUGGAAGGGCUUAAAGAUUGUUUUCUGUGAAAAAUCGGAUUAGUAAUGAGCUGUUAUUGUGAGGUUUUGACUGAUUUAUUUGAAAUGAUGACUAUGUUUUAUUUAAGGACAAUUACUGUUGUUGCAUUUUCUGAGAAACUUUGAUUCAUUUUCCUAAAAUGUAAAAUAUGCCAAUUCCUGUUGAGCAAGCGAUAGGUUCAGGCUUAUUUUCUCCCACAAGGUGCCAAGGGCAUUGAGUAAAAAAAUGCAAAACAAUUUUGUUCCAAAACGCCAAGGUUUUUAUUAUUCUCUCUUGUUGUUAUUUAUUAUUUUCUCGAACAAUAUUCCAAGUAAUACAGUUCGGGCUUUUAAAAGCUUAGGGUCGUUUAUUUAAGCGAAGGCCAAUUUAGGCCGCGGUUUAAAAAAUCAUUGGACCUCGAGAUCUCUCUCUUAGUGUGCCAUUUUAAGAAAACAAGUGCUUUUUCAGUCUACACCGUAUUCUUUAUUGAAACUGUUCACGGUAAACGGUGUUUAGAUAAAAGCGUCUGCCACUGACUGAAAAUGGCUUAGAACGCAGUUUUGUUAAACACAGGCUAAACUCCGUUUAAAUACCUGGCCCUUAGUUUUUAUCACAUGAGUGGUAGUUAUUAGCUAGUAUCAUGUCAUAGGACCUUUUUUUACUGAUAACGGACAUAAAAAACUUCUGUUGUUGUUGUUUACAAAAAAUAAUGCGCUCUAAAAUUGUAAUCCCCGUAUACCGCUGAAUAGACCAAAAAACCAAAAACCAAAACAUAUACCUUCUCCAGUAUCAUUUCCAUGUUAGACCAAGUCAGGAAGUGUUCGACACUUCUACGGUUUCAACCGUUUUAGUUGUUGUUGUAGUUGUUUUUUUUUUCUUGUUGCCAUACUGAUUUCAAGUUGUGUAACAUUUUUCAUUUGAGGUUAUUUUUCCCUGGGGUCUUUUUAUAAGUGCCUUUACACGUGUAUUGCGGCCUUGUGUCUAAGUCGGGAUGAAGAGGUGGCGUGUGUGUGAGAGAGUCAUGACACUGGCCAUGUGUAUAUUUUAGAUAUUUUUAUUUACGGGAGAUCUCUCUGAUAUUGUCCUUUCCAGUUAAAACCUAUUAUGAUGUAAUCCUAAAAUAUUUAAUUCCUUCGGUAGACAAAAGUGCUGGAAGUAAAAAGAGCGAUGAAAGUAAAGAGGACAGCAAUGCUAGUAAGGAGAAAAAACAUGUUAAAAAGAAGCGAAACAGAAGUCAUUUCACACAGGUGCAGCUCAAAUACCUGGAUGACGUGUUUUCCCGCCAACAGUACCUGACACGUGAUGAGCGUGCGCUGCUAGCGAAUGCUUUGGACAUGACAGAGCUACAGAUCAGAAACUGGUUUCAGAACAGGAGAUACCAGUUACGUCAUCGAGGAGUCAACAAACCGAGGCAGGUUCCUGUUAAGGUGCUGGUCAGCAGUAGUACUGGGCAUGCGUCCGAGGCCGACUGAAAGCAAGACGCUGGGCGAUUUCUUGUGAGAAAGUUUUGAAGAGUUUCUAAACUAUUCUAUAAUAGAUGUAAUAUUAUCAGUCAAAUGUGACUAAACAUGUUGAAAUAGCGGUCAGGAUCUUUUUUAAGUUGAGAAAAAUACUGCUGUUUUCGAAUUCAACAUUGAGGUCCGGCAAAAUGUAUUUUCGUUGGCACGGUGCAAAUGUGCGCAACCGGAUUGUGCCUUGUGCGUUUAAACAUAUGUGGUGAGGUGAAUAAAUUACACACGGUUUUGAUACCUUUAGUGAACGCGCUAAAUUCUUGAUAUAACACCGAUGCUAGGAUGCCACCUUCCAAUGGUGUUUCACUGAGUUUGUCAUCAUUUUUAAUUUCAUUUUUUUUUAGGGUUUCCUAAAAUAAGUACAGAAAAUGUCCGGACCGACGUCGCGUGUUAAAAAUAUAUUCAAGAUGAGGAGUUUCUUCUUAAGACAGCUUUCAAAGCUCGAUAAAAUCAAGAGUUUUCGAUCUGUCUUAACAUCGAUAUCAACUAUUCGAUAUCAGCGAUAUCAUAUCCGCAUGGUUGAAAACAAAACUGAAGGGUGAUUAAGACUGUAUGUCAAGCUUUAAAAAUGGGAAAAAUAUAAAAUAUAUAAUUCAUUAUUUGAUUUAUGUUUUCUUUCUUCAUUCUUUUCUCUCACUCUUCUUGUCGCAAGGAACCUUGCAAAAAAAGAAACCAACGCGUAAAGUGAACGUGCCCAUGAGGUUUGGUCUCUUUUAUGCUUGCGUGUCCUUCUGGAAAGAGCUACCUAUUGUUACGUUCCUUUUAAUAUUUCUAGAAAACAACGAUGUAAUUAUAUUUGAUUUGAUCUUCAUAAACUUCCUCUUAGUCUGACGGCGCUGAACUCCUAUUUUUAGCCGCCUGCUGUGCGUAAAGUAAGGCUCUCUAUUCCCUGUUACUGAAAUCGGAGUUAGUGCAUGCAGAUUGUAUUUUUUUUUUUUUUGCAAACGUAGCCGGCCAGUUGGUUCUUUUAUGAUGACGCUCAUUUUGAGGCUUAUAGCAAUUUUUUUUUUCUAUCUUUUCACACGUAUCUCUAGAGGCCUCUCAAAGCGUCCGUCCGGCCCUUCAAAGCUACUUUAUUUUUAAAUCAGCAGUUUUCCCAAAAUGCAUGUGCUUGGUCAGCGAUAUCAUAUCCGCAAGGUUGAAAACAAAGCCGAUACUGGCCGAUUUAAAUAUCGCCUCUUUCGACGCCGAUGUGCAUAACCGGAGGAGUUCCAUCUUAUUUCAAAGUAUUGUCACGAGGAGUGUGAGAGGGGGGGCAGAGGAGCAUUACUUGAGCUAGAAGAGCCAUCUGAUAGGGGGAUGUUUCAAUCUAAGUAGGACUUGGGCCUAUAUAUACAAUUGUAAAGGCUCCCAAAAGAAUAUCGCUCUUGACUGACGUUCCCGAUUUCGGCGAGACUGAAACUUUUGCUCACAAAAAACCAAGGUAUUACUAGCGUAUUAGUACAAAGCUAUUUCUAUAGUUACGGCACACUUUCGCAAAAAAUGGUUAUCGUUAUUUUACAUUUUCAGCUGAAGUGUUAAGAGCGGCCGGAGGGAAGAUGAACACUCAUUUGAGGGGAGGCCAUUUUUAAAUUCUAUUUGGGUGUGGCCAAACAAUGUGCCGAGGGGGUGUGGUAAAUCGAGGAUUUUGUGUGAACAUUUGUGAAGUAUUCUGGGUCUUAUAAUAUUUAGCAAUAGGGAUAUAGUUGUUUAAAUGUUUUCAAAAGGUAUACAGAGUCUUUGUCACUACAUAACGCCAUUUUCGCAUCACGGUGAAAUGUUCCCCAGCCUUCGAUAUUGUCCUCAGCCUUCGUUCCCAUUCCUCUCUGUUGACUAGAACGGCGCGGAUUUCUCUUCAGUUGCGCCACUGACUUUGAAAAAGAAAAUGUUGACGAGCCGUUUUCACCUUUGUGAUGUGCUUUCUUGUUUGUUUUAAAAGGGUGGAUUGUUAAUGUAUUAUUAAAAACCCCUUAUGAUAUUACCUCAUGCAUUCAGCUAGGCGUGGUUAUCGCUCAAUUCCUGAAGUGAUCAGAGCCCAUCAUAGCAAAAACCCGCCCGGCGACUGUGCUAAGUAGCGGCUAAUAGGCCUGAAGGCUGAAAUAUGCUUACAGGACAAUCCGAUUUAAACCGCUUGUAGGUUGUCUAACACAAUUAGACAUGGUGGGGCAGCUUUUACGUCUCCGUAGUGGGUGACAUUCCUGAACCAACUAAAAUAAAUUCACCGAGCAAAAUAAUUCAAGAAUCACGCGUGGCAAGCGCUUAAAAGAAAGGGUGGGAAGAGGAACUGAAGACGGGCCGGGAAUAAAGCAUAUGCUUCGAAGAUUAUCAACAGUGCGCUUUAAAUGUUAGAAAUUAAACGCCUGAACAAUAAAACUGAUGAGCAACACAACAGUUCUCUUGGUUAACUACUUUCACAUUCAAUUGAAAUGGAAUGCAUGGGUUUAAAUCACCCUUCCAGGCGUUUCGGAACAGCUAAAAAAAUUCGAUGAAUGUGAACUCACGUCAUGAAUCAGAGCAAUAAAUAACAACCUUUAAAAUUGCCGAUGGGUGAUUAAGACUGUAUGUCAAGCUUUAAAAAUGGGAAAAAUAUAAAAUAUGUAAUUCAUUAUUUGAUUUAUGUUUUCUUUCUACAUUGUUUUCUCUCGCUCUUCUUGUCGUAAGGAACAUUGCAAAAAAGAAACCAGCGCGUAAACUUAUGCUUGCGUGUCCUUCUGGAAAGAGCUACCUAUUGUUACGUUCCCUUUCUUAGUUCUAGAAAACAACGAUGUAAUUAUAUUUGAUUUGAUCUUCAUAAACUUCCUCUUAGUCUGACGGCACUGGACUCCUAUUUUUAGCCGCCUGUGCGUGAAGGAAGGCUCUCUAUUCCCUGUUACUGACAUCGGAGUUAGUGCAUGCAGAUUGUAUUAUUUUUUUUGCAAAACGUAGCCGGCCAGUUGGUUCUUUUAUGACGCACAUUUUGAGGCUUAUAGCAAAUUAUUUUUUCCGGCUUCUCACACGUAUCUCUAGGGGCCUCUCAAAGCGCCCGUCCGGCCCUUCAAAGCUACUUUAUUUUUAAAUCAGCAGUUUUCCAAAAAUGCAGGUGCUUGAUGGGCUGGUUGCCAGUUUCAUGUUCUGUAGGGAGGGAUGGGGCGGUGGGGUACGGGGUUCGUACAAAUUGUGUUGCCUACUUUGUCAGCAGCCUUCUGUGAGUAUAAUACGUUAUAGACAGAUGGCAAAUGUUCAUUAUUGAUUGGCAAUAUUGUGUUGGGUAUUAGAAGCUUCCCUAAGUUAGACUGAUUUUCACGUGAGUUUCUUCAUUUCUUUUUGUGUAAUACAAAUUUUGUCGGCGACUAUGCAGGGGCACCCAACGACAAUUUUCGGAAAAUAUCUGUCGGAAGACGAUGUGAGAUCUAGAAUUUUCGAAGCAUUUGUUGUAAAAUAUCUUGCUUGCCUGCCUCUCCUAACAUUUUCGAACAUCUAAAAAAUUGUAUAAUUGCCCAUUUUUAAGGGAUUUUUACCCUUAAAUAUCACUUAGAAUUUUCGGGAGCCUUUUUUCUGGCUGAAAUUUUCAAAAAGGUAAGUUUUGCUCCCUAUAAUUUUCGGAUUACCAGACUUUCAGCUAGGAAAUCCGAAGAGAUGAAAAAUUUUUAGGGGAUAAAAAUAUGCCUAUAUCUACCGUUUAAAUACUAAAAUACGUUUAACAAUGCUAUGUUUAAGUGGUUUUGAACUAUAUUCUUGUUGAGUGCCCCUGACUAUGCAUUCAUAAUCUUCUUUGUUCUGCGGAAGCAUUUUACAACACUUCUCCGCCGGAAUCAACAUUUUUCGUCAUUUUUUACUUUGGGUUUCUUUGUAGCUUGUUGUUGUCUGUUUCUAAGAGGCAAACUCUUGAACCAAUAAACAAACCUACGCCUACGGAAGCCUUUUCUUUAAUAACAGGAAACCAAGAGCCAUGAUCAUUAUGGCUCUUGCAGGAUGUACUUGUUGAUGCUAUACUGUAACCUUAAAUUAUCUUUAAAACAAAUAAAAAAAAUAAUUUUAUACGUCAAUUUGGUGUGGCCAAUUAAGUCAUUUAAAUACAUAAUUGGUGUUAAAACUGGGCUGACCAUUGACGACAGUCGGGGAAGAGUCGUUAGGUGACGUCAUCAAAAUAGUAUUGCACCAAAACACAUAUCAAAUAAAGAUAAUCGGCAUCACCGGACAGAAUUAAAAGAUCAGUUAAAAUUGAAUUAGUUGUAUCAAGUUUUGUUUAAAAUAGACGUGAUUAAGAUUUUUUUCUCCGUUAAUCAACAAUGACCCAUUCAAAAAAACCUGCCAUCAUGAAAUGGCGCAUGGACUCUAACACUGGAAUUAGAAUUAGCUGCAGAUAAUUAAAAAUAAAUAGAUAAGUAAUCUGAAAUAACUUUAUAAAUCCAGCGUGAUUUUAAAGCACAAGUCAGAUAAAUACGAAUAUUUCGAUGUGUCGAGACUGGAGCCGGUAUAGGUCCUGAAAUAAUCCACAGCAGUGAGCCAACAAGAGCAUGGGCGGGUUCUUUAGAGGUUGGUCUGUAAAAAUAAAUGACAAUCUUUUGAUGACCUUUAAGGACGAUUAUUUAAUACAUAGUUAAUCUGGACAGACAUUCCACUAAAGGACGUUUUAACUUGCGCCAGAAUAUACGUGGGAUUGUAUCAAGACCAUAAGUUUUAAUUUUUGCCGAAAGCAUUUUGGAGCUCGGAGACGACGAGCAAAAGAAUGAGUUAAUUUGGCUAGACAUAUUAAUGACAUAAAAGUGAUUAACAUUCCAAGAUGUCCUUCCUCGAUUUUGUUGUUUUAUGAUUAUCCCGGCGGCGGGAAUACAAUACGAAACUGCAUCAUUUUAAAUCAAAGGGUUUUGAGGGUUUUGUUUACAAACAACUACACAACGUAGCCUUCAUUUCUCUUCAGUGACUCUCUUUUGACUCUCUUCGUAAAGAAGAAUUGGGAAGAGACCCUUUUCUUGACUCUCUGCAACGCCUGUAACCACCUCCUGUUACAUAAUGUUAAGCUGCUUCAGUUUAUAGAAAUGUUUGUGUCAUUUCUAAUUGAGUUUACCGUCUCGUGACCUCUUAAAAGUCAUAGGACAAAUAUGUUUUUACAAAGAGAGGAUACGGAUAUAUGAUUUUAAUUGUUGGUCACGCAGCACUCGCGUGGGUCGUGAGAUGACGUCACCGGAAGUGCGUUAAAGAGUUCGCCUUCUGAAAAAAUGUAAUAGUGUUAAACUCAUCAUGCUGAUCAUAGAUAGCAUAAGGCCGCUUUUUUUCGAAAAUAUUUUUCCUCAGAUGCUCAGAAAUAUAUCUUUUAAAAGACAUGAUUAAAUUUCUAAUCGUGUAUAAAGUGAAAACAAAAAACAUGCACAAAAAAGUACCUCUUUCAAUUUUGUCACACAUGAUGUGAUCACAGCAAAAUCAUUUAUGACCCCAGUGGAUCACUGGUGAAGUCCAAACACCAAACCGCUCAAAAACGUGGGAGGCACCACAACAUGGCCGCAAUUUUAAAGGAAAAAGGUCAAUCAUUUUACGUGAUAACAGCCGGUUUAAACACUGUCCUUAAAAGGCCAAGCAUUUUUCCACAGCAGAUUCAAAGCCAGCUAGUGCUGAAACACACACGGCAAUGCGGCAAACAACAGAGGGACUUUCCCUUUGCUACAGAACUCAAUCAGUUGAGUCAUACUUAUUUAAUAAAACAAUUCAGAUUUAUUUCAAUGUAUAUUCUAUUACUUCUUGUGCUUUCUAACAGUCUUCAUACCCUAUAGAUGCAUUAUCGUUCCCUUUUCAACUUGAAAUGACGAUGUGUACAAAGUUGCAUUCACUGGUUGCAUUUUUUCUCCAAAUUCACGAUCAUUUUUCCUUUUUCUGUUUUCACAAUAUCAUACGACAAUUGCCGGUUUGAUAAUUCUUAAUUACUGCGUAUUAUGCAAUUUAAUACAGGGCUAAUUCUGCUGAUUAGAAUAUAUUUCUAGGAACUGCAGCCUGGACAAUUUAGAAUCGAGGGACUUUUUCGGUUUCGUGGAAAAUGUGGAAUCAGCAAACAUUAAGAUCUUGGAGAUCUCAGUAAAAGGCCAAGUAAAAAUGAAUCGAUUGCUGCAAUUUCGUUCCCGGAAAGGCCGAUUUAUUGCAAAGCAAUUUUAUUCAAUGUUAUUUCCCUUGCAUCUGGUAAUUCUGGUCGAAAAGGAAACUGCUCUUGAAACAACCAACACCCCCAGACUUGUAAUGACAAGUUACUGGGGCGGUACUUAAAAUAUCAAUGACUUCAUUGGAGCGUGCAGCGAGCACUAACAUAAAACUCAUGUGUUGUGUGAGAGACUUUCAGUUUAAUUCCGCCACGCUGUCAGGUCACUACAGUUCAAACAUGACGGAUACACAUCAACAAAAGACCUCUCUUUCUUUUUCGAUUGACAAUAUUCUGAGAGAUGACUUUCCAAAGCAGCGAAAGCCAAGAAUCAGUGCUGUGAGUUUCCCAACCGUUCAGUCCAAGUUCGGUCGCUGGCCGAGCGCACCAUUUUACCGAUGUUUUGCAGUCCGUUAUAAUCCAGUCCUUGUGCGACUGCUGCCUAACAUGCAAAGAUUCGGGGAAAGGUUGCAGCAAGCUAACAGAGUAAGAGAACUGAUCUUAGCGCACCAGACGGAAAAACGAGCAGAAGAAGGAAGCCUGAGAACUGACUACGAUAAAGAGGAAGACUUCCAGGAUAAUGAAGGUAAGAUGUUCUUGAUAUUUUUUUUUAAUUGCAACUUUUUUUCUCCAACAUGGUCUUUAAGCUCAAGCAUCUCCGUCGGUAACAAGAUGAUCGCGUCAAGGAAAAACUAGCAAGUCCUUGAUAAAGUUUAUGCAAAUGCCAAUGCUAUAAAAUCAAAAAUGAAAAGAAAAUUAGGCCGAAACGAGGACAGAAGACUCGUUGGCUAGCGAAUAUUUUUGGCAAAGAGAUUUUUCAGUUUGUAUCGGUUGUUAUACUUACUUAUUAUACUUGUUUAUGCAUUUUACUAGCGUUAACAUAACUCGGUUUAAUAAAUGCAUCAUUGUAUAGAACUUGAAUAAUUAAUCAUAUCCUAACAAGUUAAGAGCCGUUAAAUCUUUAAACGAAGUCAAAUGACCACAGAUGGGUUGGUGAAUAAUUCUUUCACUUCCUCGCCACAACAGCUUCAGUUUCUUCAAACAGCAGCCUUUUUAGAACAAUACUGCAAGGCCUUGUUUAAAUUAAAUUUAAAAGUCAAACAAACUCUAAUUUAACAAUGAUCAAAUAAUUACUGAUGUAAUGUACCUAUAUAGAAACAUCAUUAACGUGCGAUGUUUAAGGUACCGUUAAAAUCGCGUGAUACAUGCCUGUAUUUCAUGGUUGAAAGGGUAAAAAGCAAGGACUUAUCUGGACUUAUAAGUUAGUUUUCGCCUUUGUUCGAGCUUGCCCCAACAAGGAAUACAGCAAAGCUAAGUCUCAUGCAAGAACAGCUUAACAUCAUACGAAUCACAUGAAACUAAGAAGGGUAUUGACUGAUCUGCAGGUUCAAAAUUACUUAGUUUGAAAAGUUACUUUAUUUUUUUGUUUUGAGGGUUCCAUGCCGAGAGAACAGCUUACAAGGAUCAUUUUAGCCAGCUGGAGCCUUCCCGUUGCGCUCUUUAGCGAAUUUUUUUUCGUAAUACUUUGCGAGUUUUGAAUCAUCUUCUGUGACUUUCAACCUGUUGCCGGCCGCGAAAACAGUAUUAAACCCGCAGAUUUACCACAAUUCUUGCCUCUGUCAGAUCUUACCAUUCACCGCUAUCGAACUUUAGGAAUGCCAUCUAAAUCUCCCGUCGAAAAAAAAAACAGGAUAUUUAAUGCUUCUUAACGCUACUGAGCAGAAAUCUUAAACUUGAAAACAAAAGUUCUCUUUUGUCGUUUCCUUUACGUAAGAAAGGGCGCUAAAAUUGCGGAAAAAGUGCAGAAAGUAUGAGGAUCAGAGAUAGUGAAUAAUUUAAUAGGCAAGAAAAUGGUUGUCAUGGAUGUUUAAUAAAAAAAGUGCGUAGAAAAGCUUGGUUUCCGUUGUGGUGGAAUAAAAAAGAGAGAGUAAGUUAAUUUAGUUUUUAUACUUAGGUACUAGCGGAAGUAUUUUUGUUGAUAAAGCAAUAAUUCUCCAAAUAUCGACAUUACACUUGAAUAAGCGCAAAAAAUAUCUGUUGGAAAUUGAAAAUUGCGAAAUUUACGAGCAAACAAACAAGGUACUUAGGUACUAACGAAAGUAUUUUUGUUGACAAAGCAAUUUUUCCCAAAUAUCAACAUUACACUUGAAUAAGUGCAAAAAAUAUCCGUUGGAAAUUGAAAAUUGCGAAAUUUACGAGCAAACAAACUAAAAUAGUCGCGUGUGGCCUCGCCUGAUGUCCGUGUUUGAGUAAACUGAUUUUGUGAUAAAAUUCUCAAAUGAUCUUGUUAAUCCAACAGUCGAGCAAUGACCCCAAAUUUCUUUCUCCUUCGAUGCCUCUUUUUCUCAACCCACAAACAAGACAUAUUUCUAUUUUCCGGCUAUAAAAGACUUCUUUGACUGUGCCGCUGUCCGGUCGCAAGUUGCGACCACGAACGACAUACAUCGAAUCGAAUCACGUAAAAUUUAUCAAUUCACUUUCUGUGACUAAAAUCGGCAUUAAGUAAGCGGAUCAUCAGAGUGAAAUCUUUAUUCCAGGACUGUGGGUUUCAUAUGAAACUUAUUUGCUUCGCUACGGUGUUUAAUCCAGUAACAUCGGGCUCAAAAGUGCAAUGAUCGGUCAGGCGAUACUCAGUCGUCAAUGUGCUAAAUCACCAGGGGCACCCAGAGACUUUUUUCUCUAAAAUAACUGUUCGAAAGAGCAAGUAUUACCUAAAAAUGUCUAAAGCUCGAGUAAGGUUAAAAAAUUUCUAGAUAAUCAUUGCGUUCGUCUAAGAUAUUCGGUUGUUUUCAACUAACUUUGUGUUUUCGCAUUUUCAAAGAUGUUGCGAUAAUUUUUUAACAAAUAUCUCCUGAAAAUUUCGAAAUAGAGACUAUGUACGGCCACUGCAUGUCCUCGAACUUUCGACCGGAUUUCGUCAGGGUAGCUAAAAAUUUCGAAUGAGGCGAAAAAGCUAACUAACACUUUCAAGACGACCAAAGUUCCCCUCAGACAACCGAACAGAGAAGUAGUUUUUAAGGCAACUACAAAUUAACCAAACACAGUGGCACCCAACGACUGUUUUCUGUAAAAUAUUUGUUCGGAGAAGCAUGCAAAUAUUGCCCAGAAUUUUCCAUCACUUGAGAACGGCUAAAAAUUUCUAGAUAAUCGUUCCGUUGUUGUGCAAUUUUCGCCGCUUAUCUAAUAAUCCCUACGAUUUCCUGAAGUUUAAAUUUUACAUUUCACUUCCCAAGUUAGGCUAUUUUUUUGUAGAAAAAAGGAAACCUUUAAUUUUCGAAUUCAAAAAUGUGAUGGAGAGAGGCAUCAGAAAAUGUCUCACUUUCGUAAUACGUCCAAUUGGAUCAAAAUUUUCGGAAAAAUAAUACUCAAGCCCUUAUAAUAUCGAAAAGACUAAAGUUCCCCUAGAAAAAGUGUUUUCAAUACAUGUAUUUAGGAGGAAACAGGCUUCUUAGGUUAAACAUAGAGAAAACCAUUUGGGACACUUCUGACGUAUUUGGAAACAUUCGCUCUAUUUUGCCUCUAACUCACAGAAAUAGUACGAAGCUACUGAGUUCCUCGUAUAAAGCGAUAAGAUAUACUUUAUUUGAUUUUGUUGUUUUGAAUGCUUUACAAAAACGAAAGCAUUUUUUUGCGCGAAACUAGAGUUUCGUGGGAGGAAAAAAAGAAAAGAAUCUGAAAGCCACAUCAGUCAUUCUUCAAAAAUUUCCAAAUUCCUGCACCCACAAUAUAAAAAAUCAGCGCCAAAAUACAAGAUUAUUUCUAAACAGGAAAUAAUUUCCCAACAAAGUAUGCCGUUUUGCUCAACUGUUCUUCAUUUUGGCUCAAAGUAAUCAAGAUUGGCACUUUUUCUCAAAAAGGGUGUGAACACUGGUGUUUUUCUAGAUUUUCUGGCAAUGAACUCGUGAUAACUGAAUUACAAGAGCAAAAUAGUAAUAACUUCUACGGCAAUUUGGCAAAAACUCGUAACUGCGCUUGAUUUCACAGUUCUUAGUCUAAGGAAUGCUCAUAACUGUUGUGUCGUUGUCGCGAGGUAAUUUUUGACCAAAUUGACUGCAUAUCUUCGACAGUUUAAGGGCGGAUGUUACGUUAUCGACGAAAAUAUAAAAAUGUUUGUUAUUAUACAUGCAAUGUCUUCCGCGUUUUUAGCGGCCUCAUAAGAAUUUUGUUUUUCUUUGUCAAGUUUUGAACAAUGGCGAAAGAUAUGACUUUGUAUUAGUUAUUGUCUCGAGUAAUAGUUUUUAACUUAUUUCUAAGUUCUGGACGCGUCAAUGAAGUCGAUGAAUACAAAAUAUCUUAUACGUGAUCUGGAGGAGUUUUGCAGCUAUGUUUUAGGGAUAAAAAUAAAUUGAACCGGCAGAGGUCUAUUCAGACUGGCCACUAAAUCAUCAAAGCGCAACAAUUCAAACGAAAGCAAGAGAAAGUCGGAAGACGGAAGUGGUCGGCUAGAAAUAGGCGAUGAAAGGUAGGAAAUAAGGGUUUGCACUACUCGCUUCCUACAAUUGUUUCUAAAAACCUCAAAAUGGUCAAAAAAUGAAGAAAUUGUAAUUUUAAGACAAAGUUCUCGCGAAAAGGCAACGAGAUUCUACACGAGUUAGCGGAAUUUUAAACUUACUCACGUUGAAAGCGCGCGACGAAACUCGCGUGAUCUUUUUGAGUAUCAUGCGUAGGUCAUCGCGAAUAAGUAUUUUAACUUUAUGCCAGUCAUCAAAAAUUGAGGGUAAUUGAAAAUAAUAAAAAAGGGUUGGCCAACCCCCUUACGAGUGUGUACAGGUCGCAUCUCGUUAGCCGGCCCUCAUCGACUUUGGAAUCAAAUCAGACACUUAUUAAAAUAAAUUUGCUUUUGAAAACUUUCGUUGUUAACAAGAAGACACCAAAAAAGUCGCCGUCCAAAUCAUGGCGUUUUCGCAUCGUCCAGUUUUCAACCGUCUUUUUUCUGCCAAGCCCUUUCGAUGCAAUUACAUGGUUCAAUGCUUUGUUAGAACGAAAGAUUGGAAGAACGGCGAUCAUAUUUUAAAAAGUUUAAAGUGUCACCAAGAUUAGCAUACUCAGUUAUUGAACUUCUGAAUGAAGUUUUUGUAUGAACGGAAAUUAAAUUUUCUUGGAGUAGCCUAGCCUAGCGGAAAGUUGUUUCAAAAGUAUAUAAAAACUGCUUAAGUGUGACUUUGAUCAAGAAUGGAUGCGAAGAAAGUCGACUGCGACAAACGACGUAUCAGUGUUUUCAAACUUUGACGGAUGUAUGAGAAAAAGCGCUCCAUAGCCAUUGAUUAAGACUUGUACUUCCACCUUGCAAAACACAUUUACGACUUUCUCGGUGUUCAAAGGUUAUUUCAUGCAUUAACGAACGUUUCUUCGUCUAGUGUUGUUUUAUGCACAUACUGUUACCUGACUUCCCAUGUAUAAAAAAGAAAAAAUCGAAGAGAAUAAAAGAUACUCCAUAAAGGUCUAAAAAAAAAUUCCUUUGAAACUCUUUCACGUGCCUCAGUACUAUGAUAAGUUCGAUAGGAAACGUAGUUUAUUCCGGGCAUCAUAACUUUGAUAUUGUUCUUGUUUUCAACAUUUUCCGGCAACCAUCUUCAGGGAACAAUUUCGAAAAAUUAAAAAUCAUUAACCUCUUUAAAGUGAAAGCAAGUGAAAUUUAAGGGGUGGCACAUUAUGUUAUUCUGUUUCAGUUUUGUUCUUAACACGAGCUGCACGUGUCGUGCAUCAACUUCUCGACAAUUUGUGUUCGAACAUAACAUUGUCACAAACGUUGGGGAAUACAUAAAAAUACAGUUUAGAGUUUGUGGUCGUAGGGUUCUCAAGCCUGCCUUCCAUUUGUUUACAUUUUAACUAUCAGUCACCGAAACUUUGUUGCCUGCAGUACUCUGAAUUCCGGCCAUUGUGUCAUUGUAACAAAAAAGACUGGCAUAAUAACACUGAUGAGCGAGGCUGUUCCUGCACAUUGGCCUUUGACUCACGAUAGUCGAAUAUUGAAGAACAUAUUUAUUAAAACGCGAAAUUUCUUUUUGUACCAUUUUACGAAAUAAAAUUACUUAGUAUUAUUAAGUUUUAACAAAGGAGUUGUAUUUUAAUGGUAACACCAUAGAAUUUCAACCACACGUUUGAAGGGUAAGUUAGAGUCAGACGAAUGAUUUCUCGAUCACUUGAUUUUUGAGUGAAUGGUAUUUGUCGAAGGGGGCCAAUCGAGGCUGAAAUCUGUUUAGGCAAUAAUAUGAUUCAUUGAUACUUGUCCACGUUCAUUGUACAGUAUUGAAAUGACAAUGUUUCAUAUUGCAAGGCCGUUCGGUCGAAAUAAUAAAAAAAAAAACAGCACGAAAACACAUCGGUUUCAGAGCGUAACACUAUCAUAAAUAUUAUCGUAUAGCUUGUUUAUCAAAAAUAAUCAAGGCGCAGCUUCUAACAACCUCUUUUCACCUCUCAGAUGAAAUAGAAGAAGAUAAAGCAAAACAACAUCCACAGCAGGACAAGUGCAUAAAGGAAAAAAGCCUACAAAGAAAGCGACGAAUUCGCAGCCAUUUUACACAGCGUCAACUUCAAUAUCUGGAGAAAAUAUUUUCCCGCCAACAGUAUCUGACACGUGACGAGAGAACCCUGUUAGCGAGGGGACUGGAAAUGACUGAGCUUCAAAUCAGAAACUGGUUUCAAAACAAAAGAUAUCAGAAAAAACAUCGCGCAAUUUCAAAUGACAGUAAAGCAGACAAAGAGGACCAACCAGAAAAACCGGAUACUUCAAUGGAUGGAAAUGCCGAUGUUUAAUUUGUACCAGCAAGAAAUUGAAAAGAUAAUUAUUUUAUUUAUAAAUAUAAAGAAUUCUAAGAAUUCAAGGUGUUACGCUUGUGGUAGAGCCGUGUUAUAGGGAAAAAGAAAAAGCGAGCAACUUAAAUAAGAAUGGGACUAUGCAUGGCGAUAUUCGCCGAUGGUGUGUCGGUUGCUAUGGUACUAUAAGCAAUCCUAUAGUCUGACCCUUGAAGCGAAGGAAAGAAAACGCUAAAUAAGAGAAUCAACGUAAAAAUAAAACGAUGUGUGUUGACUUAAAAAGAGAAAACUAAAAACAAAGAAACGUGGAAGAAUUGAAAAAUGAAUUUUAUUAUAUUUUCUAAGAGGUUAAGAGUAAACAUCCAGAACGCGUGCAACUAUACUUUGACCUCCUCGGUAUUUUUCACCAACAUUAUUUAUAUUGUAUUAUUUAUGGGGUAUACAUGAUUUCAAACGAGAUAAUAUAACGAUGUUCGCAUAUUUAACAAUAGACGACAUGAUUGUACUUUAAAGUGCUCUAGAAAUAUUGUUUUAUAUAGCUUAUAAAGCGUUUCAGUGUAUUGUUGUCUACAUUAUAACUGACUGUUAACAGUGUUUUUAGGUUUUGGAAAAAUAGAGCGAGG